AUGGUACAUCUCUUUGAUUUACAGGGCUCAAAGUUGUUUGAUAAACUGAUGAGUAACAUUGUAAAAAUUGACAUUGAAGACUACAUCUGCACUUACGCUGACCAAAAAACUAAAAACCACCUCUGUCGGAUGGUAGUAAACAACAACGUCGAAUCAGCCAGGGUAGGAGGGAUCUAUUUGGAAAUGGGUGAAAGUGCGUUGCUAUUAGAUGGUGUAUUCUAAAAUUGAAAUUAUGCAUUGUUUGUUAGUGAUAGGAGAUGGAAGGCUGCAUCACAACAGGUAAGACACCUUUUGUAUUCAUUAGCUACAAAUGAUAUAAAAAACUUAUAGUUACAAGUUUUUAGGUUUUGAAAGAGAGAUUUGAAAUUUAUUAUGCAG